AAGACUUAUAAGGUGUCUCGUGUUGACAACCGACAGUCUGUAAGAUUAGUAUAUUCUCGAAAGGAAGACAGACAAGAUGGAACGAUGGGUUGGAAAAGUAGCUGCCGUUACUGGUGCGAGUGCGGGAAUCGGUGCUGCUAUUGCUCGACAAUUGGUUACUAACGGUAUGACGGUAGCUGGAUUAGCUCGUAGAACAGACAAAAUCGAAGAACUUGCUAGUAGUUUAGAAGGAGCACCAGGGAAACUCCAUGCGAUCGAAUGCGAUGUGACCAAAGAAGAGAGUACAACAGCUGCAUUUUCUUGGAUCGAAGAAAAUCUUGGAUCUCUCGAUUUGAUGAUCAAUAACGCUGGUAUUGCUAAGGAGUCCUCGUUAACGGAAGGAUCAUUGGAAGAUUGGCGAGCCGUUUUCGAAGUGAACGUCUUAGGAGUUUGUUUGACUAUACGAGAAGCGACACGAUUAAUGCGUAAGAAAGGCGAAGAUGGUCUGAUCAUUAAUAUAGGUAGUUUGGCUGGAGAAAGAGUACCUGCUGUACCUGGUUUCGGUGUUUAUCCAUCCUCGAAACGUGCGUUAGCUACACUUGCACAGACACUUCGCAAUGAACUGGGUGGAACUAAAAUACGUGUCACGAAUAUCAGUCCUGGCCUCGUGGCAACCGAAUUGUUGGCAUCUUAUAGUGCUUUCUCCGAUGAGGUUUUAGCUGCUAUGCCAUCGUUGAAAGGUCAAGAUGUAGCAGAUGCUGUGUCCUACGUUCUAUCUACUCCGUCUAACGUUGUGUUAAAAUAUAUCUGGUCCUAUGAAGAAAUGCCAACCAGAUGUCGUGUUCAGCAAGAACUUAACACGUUAUACAAAGAAGCCUUUAAUUACGUUAAAAAUAAUGAAAACCUAUCGGAAGCUUCUAAGUUGAUUACAAAAAUGUUGAAACACGAUCCUAAGUCUCAUAAAAUUUAUGCUUUGAGAGGUACCAUUUUCGAAAUUCAAGGAAAAUGGACUAAAGCGAUUAAUAAUUAUGAGAUUGCACGAUUAAUGUUGAAAUUGGCGAACGUGCCGAGUUAUGAAGAAGCUGAUAUUCCUUAUAUCAAAUCGUUGAUUAAAUGUUAUGAAGCCAGAGGAGAUUGUUAUUAUGAGCAUGAAUUAUUUUUGCAAGCCGCUAGUGAUUACGAACGUAUCGUAACAUUGAAGCCUCCUGAUACAUCGAUCAUCGAUGUAGAAUACGAUGCAUUUUGCUCGUACUGGAACGAAUUCAUGCAAAAUUCAAAUGCGAUGAGACUCUCCGAUCUUUUAACACUUCAUGCGAAAUAUAAAUUUUUCUUGAGAGAUAUCGAGUUGACACGUGAAUUUCUUCUAGAAGCUCUCACUAUAAAUGAAAAUAAUAAGGAAGCUCAGAAACUUCUACAGAAGAUAUACGAACUUAGCCAUACAAUGGCGGUACAUGCAGUAAUGUGGUGCAUGCAUCGUUGUUAUGACAAAGCUUUGUACACGAUCGCGAAAGUCAGUAAUUACAAUCCAUCGAAUCUUGAAUAUAUUUUAUUAAAAGCGAUUAUAUUACGAUUGUCCGGACGAUUUAAGGAAGCUUUAGCCUUAACAGAAAAUAUAUUCAUUUCAUUAAAAAUGGAGUGGAGUGGUUUAGACAAAGUAGCUGUCGUAACUGGAGCCACUUCUGGUAUUGGUAAAGCCAUUGUUGAAUUACUCGUCUCGAAAGGUUUGAAAGUCGUUGGGCUCGCUCAUCACAUCGAUAAACUCAACGCACUCGCCGAAGAAUUGAAAUCGAAGCCAGGCAAAUUGUUACCUCUUCAAUGCGAUCUAACGAAUCAGAAUGAAGUCAUGAAAGCGAUAGAAUGGAUAGAAAAGAACGUAGGUUUCGUUAACAUAUUGAUAAAUAACGCAGCAUUGAAUCUUGACACAGGUUUCUUUACCGGUGAAAUAGAAGAUUGGGAGAAAAUAUUUGAUCUUAACAUUCUUGGUCUUACAUACAUUACAAAGGAGAUUUUGAAGUUGAUGAAAAAGAAAGGUAUCGACAAUGGUUGUAUCGUAAACGUAAACGAUAUAUUUGGAUUGAAAGUUCCGAUAAAUUCUGAACGUCCAGCUUCUCCUGCUUACAUAUGCAGUAAAUUUGCUCUUACAGCGUUGACCGAAUGUCUUCGUUUAGAAUUGGCACAGCUCGAGUCUAACAUCAAAGUCAUUUCUAUUUCUCCAGGAUUAGUUGAAACCGAAAUGACUCAACAAUGGUUGAAGGAAAAUCCACGUUUGGCUUUGCAACCCAAAGACGUAGCCGAUGCUAUUCUUUUUACAUUGCAGACACCAGAAAAUGUUCUCGUGAAGGAUCUUAUUAUCACACCUCUUCGCGAAAUUUAAGUUCUACAAAUUUCUGCGCUGGAAAAACGUAGUAAAAAUUAAUAAAAAAAAAAAUGACGAUAGAGUAUGUUUAUAAAAACGAAUACCAAAAUAAAAACUUUUCAUUAUA